CAAUAUGUGAAAAUGUAGAAGAACUAGCGGAGAGGGUAGCAGCAAUAUCAAAUACGCCGCUGUUCAGCGGAGGUACUCAUUCUGUGCAUCAAAAUGUUUCGAUUGGACGGGUCGGUCUCCGGUUCUGGACCAGGUCGUCUGCGGCUCCUGUUGACUGUUUACACCUUUCUCAUCUCGGCUGGAGAGUGUUUCUUCGUAACAGAAUACUUCACACGGACGCCUCGGAAACUGAAUGCCUUCCGGUCCUUCGCCAGUGUGGAGCUGUUUCACUUCUCCAUUCCUGAGGACACAGUCGUGGCCGUCUGGAACCUCAUCACCUUCAAGGAACAGGGAGGAACGUUUGGAGAUAGCUGCCCUGACCGCAAUGUCACUGUAUACUUCCGGUCUGGUGCCCCUCCCGUCAUCAACCCCCUCCACACACGGUUCCCCCGGGAUACCAUCAUCCCAGACUCCUUUGCUGUCACUUUGACCUGGACUCUACCAAACCGCACCACGGGGGUGUUCAACGUCACCUCCCCACCCCCUGGGGACUGGUUCCUGGCUGCACACCUGCCCAAGGACCAGGGCAAGAUAUCUGUCAAGGGUCUUUAUGAGGAGUGCCAGUAUUUGUUUCAGCCCCAACUCAUCGUCCAGAGACUGAUUGGAAUCUCAGUUCUCUACCCUGGCUACUUUAUAGAUCAGAUGAUUCCUGCACACAACAGAUCUGUGCUCUACAAAGUAUUCAUUCCUAGCUACGUCUCCAGAGUAAAGGUCCAGCUGGCUAACUGCAGUACACGGCCCGCGGAGCGUUCGUCCAGAGAAAAGUGGGUCCCUGGAGACAGCAGAGGUGGAGACAUCUGUCCUGUGGUGCUGAAGGUCCGGCCAGGAGCUCCUCCGAUACAUAACUCCUCAGCUCUGGACUGCAGGGAGUGGUCUCCUUGUGAGCUGGACACGCCUCUUCCUGUCUGGGAACACUGGUACUAUAUCCUGGUGGAGCGUUACCUUAGCAACCAGGAUGUGUACUUCCGCAUUGGGGUCCACAUUACAGAUUGUUCCAAACCCAACACCUCUAAAGGUUCUGUCUCUGGUCCCAGCUCCAGCCUCAACCUCCCUCAGUCCUUUGGCAUUGCUAUGGGUUUCUCCCUGUCUGAGACCCUACCUUCCGCCCCCACUGGCCUCUCCAGCCUCCCCAUCCUAUCUCAGAACUCCUCCAUUUCUGACCCGGCUGGCCGCUUCCUCUCCCCUCAGGAUACCAUCACGUUCCUCGCCCCCUCGCUUGACCCCAACCUGUGUUGGCCCAUCCGGCCCACGCUGCGGAAUGAGCUGGACACCUUCUCUGUCCAUUUUUACAUCUUCUUCGGUCCGAACAUCUCGGUGCCGCCAGACCGGGCUGCUGUGUUUGCUAUCAACCUCAUGCCCGUCCUGGACAGUGGAGGGGUCCUCAACACCGAGCUGAAACUCAACCUGUCUUCCGUUAAGGGAGAGAAUGUCACAGUGUUUGGCUGUCUGAACCAUGGGAGGCCCCUGUCCCUGGAAGAUAACUCCUCCAUCAAAUGUGAAUCAGACUCAAUAUCAGGCUUCCUGUUGUCUGUGAAUUCCAGCUCUAACAUCACCAAGUUGAGGAUCCCCUACCCUCAGACUGGCACCUGGUACCUCAGCCUGAGGUCACUCUGUUCCAGUGGGAAUGGGUUCCAGCUUUGCUCCAAUGUCACGGCGGAGGUGUACCUGCGCUCUUAUCUGACACCCUGCAUUAACGACUGUGGAACCUACGGCCAGUGCAAACUGUUACGCACCAACAACUACCUCUAUGCUGCCUGCGAGUGCAAAGCCGGCUGGGAUGGCUGGGGCUGUAGUGAUCCGUCAGAGGCGUACUCCUACGGCUUCCAGCUCCUCACGACCCUCCUGCUGUGUCUCAGCAACCUAAUGUUUCUUCCUCCUGUGGUCAUCGCUGUCCGCAGCCAAUACCUUCUGGAAGCCUCUGUCUACGUCUUCACCAUGUUCUUCUCUACCUUCUACCAUGCAUGUGACCAACCUGGCAUCGUGGUCUUCUGUAUCAUGGAGUAUGAUGUUCUCCAGUUCUGUGACUUCCUGGGUUCUCUCAUGUCUGUGUGGGUGACUGUCAUCUCUAUGGCUCGACUAAAAUCCAUCAUUAAACAGGUGUUGUACCUGCUAGGGGCCAUGUCUCUUUCCAUGGCUCUUCAGUUGGAUCGUCACGGCUUGUGGAACCUCCUGGGACCCUCCCUGUUUGCUCUGGGAAUCAUGGCUGUAGCCUGGACGGUCCGGACGGUGAGACGCCGGCGUUGCUACCCUCCAACCUGGAAGCGCUGGGCGUUCUUCCUGUUACCUGGGACGGUGAUUGCGGUGUCGGCCGUGGCGCUGUACGCCUUUGUGGAGACGGAGGACAACUACUUCUACAUCCACAGUAUCUGGCACAUGCUGAUCGCCGGCAGUGUGGGCUUCCUGCUCCCUCCGCGGGCCAAACCGCGUGUUGGCGUCACCCCUCUGAAGCGCCGUAGGGGGUGUGGCUACCAGCUGUGUGUCAAUGAGCACGAGGAGAUGGGAUUGGUGGACCCUGUCCCUGCUAUAGUCACCAUCAAUAGUAUCAGUAUCAAUAGUAUCAGCUGAUACUCUGACAGACUUUACCAGCUGGACAUGGCCUGACUGACUGUUUUCUGACAGGCUGACUGACUGUCUGACUGACUGUUUGAAUGACUUACUGAUUGUCUGAAUGACUGACUUACAGAUCUUGGUGACUAACUGAUUGGCUGGCUGAACUAUUGUCUAUCUGUCUGUCUGAUAGAAUGUCUGAACUCACCAGAAACAAGCAGGCGGGGGGGCAGGGGAGGGCAGGACGGGUCAAGCAGAGUGGGCAUGUUUGGCAGUGUGGGGCGGGCA